GCCAGUAUUAGACACUCCAGUGCGCGCAGCCCACUUGCAAAUCGAAGGAAAAUUCAUUACAAACUCCCCCACUAAUUCGAGGGCAAAGUGUAAAAUGCUGAGGGCGUGGCUGGCACGGCAGUCAAUGGCAGUCAAAUACUAGAAUCGUCGAGCCCACUAUUAAGCCGAGACAACUGGAAACUCCGCAUCUUCUCUUAUUUUCGAUUCGAUCCGUUAUAUCCAUUUGUGCUGCUCUAGUUUUGCGUCUCCGCUGCGAGGCCGAUAAGAUAACGCGCGUGGAGUGCACUGCGAAGAGGAAAUAACCCCAACAGAAAUCCACAGGCAUGGGGAGAAGCCUGCAGCUGGUCCUGCUGCUGCUGGUGUCGCUCCUAGCCAGCACCUUGGCCGUGUCCUGCCCCUGGCCAUGCCGCUGCACCUGGGUUGUGGACACUCUGUAUGCGGAUUGCUCGCGGAGGGGACUGCAGACGUACCCGGACUUUGACGGUGUGCCCGUGGAGCACUUGUAUCUGUCGGGAAACCAGUUCAGCCAGUUUCCCACACAGUAUGCGGACACGGACUCCCUGAUCUACCUAGAUCUGUCCAACAACCAGAUCUCCGCCCUCGAUGGCAAGGCCCUGAUAGGUUUCACCUCGCUGAGAACUCUGCUGCUGGCCAACAACUCCAUCACGCGAUGGAUAGAUCUGAGCCCCAGUGAGGCCUUCAAGUACGCGCCCAGUUUGAAGAGGCUUAGCCUGAACGGGAAUCAUUUGGGAAGUUUUGGCAGCGAGGAGAUGUACCAGCAGCUGAACAGCCAGUCGCUCACGGAACUGGAGAUGUCCUCGUGUGGCAUAUCCUCCCUGGGAGGCGACCAGCUGGUCAAUCAACUCCCCAAUCUGGAACGCCUGACUCUGUCCAACAACAGGCUGGUCCAGUUGGCGGCGCUUCCUUCGCGUAGCCUGAGGACGCUCGACCUGAGCAACUGCAGCAUUCAGCGUCUGUCCAGCCCCUUCCUCGAUUCCCUGCCCAAUUUGGAGGCCCUAAACCUAUCGAGAAACACGCAACUGCAGUUCGGCGUCCUGGACGAAGACCUCAUUUGGGCAUAUGAGUUGCGACGACUUGAUGUCUCCUACUGCAACCUCGAUCAGAUCGAUCUCAGCGGUCUGCCGGUGCUCACGGAGGUGCGACUGCGGGGCAAUCUUCUGCGCGUUGUGGAUGCCGAAACGUUUGCCAACAACACCAUGCUGGAGGUGCUCGAUCUCUCGGAGAAUGUUCUGCGCCUUAUUGGGCAGGAUGCCUUCAGCAACUUGCGGCGCCUGAAGGAGUUGAACUUGGCCUUCAAUGAGAUAGCCCGCCUCGACCGCAACUUCGUACGCAACAACGAUGUGCUCGUGGAGCUGAACCUCAGCCGGAAUGUUCUGCAAAAGCUGACCAGGAUCGUGUCCAACUCCUUGCGCACCAUUAACAUGAGCUGGUGCGAGAUCACCUCCAUUGAGAGCUCCUCCCUGUCCAGUCUCUCGGCCAUACAGAGGCUAGACUUGUCCAACAACCUGAUCAGUGACAUUCCCAGCAACAUGAGAUCGGCGACACUGCAGCAGCUGAACCUGGCCAACUGCAGGCUCUCUACAGUUCGAAACAAUACCUUCAGGGAGUUCCCCGAACUGGCGGAUCUCCACCUGAAUGGCAACCGACUGACCAGUCCCAUUCCUCCUUUAUAUUUCCGCGGCAACAAGUUCCUGGAUCAGCUCUGGCUCGGCGACAAUCCCUGGAUCUGUGAUUGCCAUAAUGAAUUGUUUGUGGAGUUCUACGACUUUCUGACGGCCAAGCCGGCCAAGAUCAAGGAUAAGAAUCACCUGCGCUGCGCAGCUCCAGCAAUUUUCUAUGGCAAGCUGUGGGAGUAUGCCUGCUCGGAUGUGUGGUUGGUGAAUGCCAGGAGCAGCAGCGGUGGAGAGAAGGCAUGGGGAAUCAUCAUGCUGACUCUGCUCCUGCUCGGCGGUCUGGUCCUCGGCUAUGCCUGCAUGCAAAAGUUCCUAAAGAAGCGCAAGCGGAAUCAGAAUCACAGGGAAUACGCCGAGAAUGACGACGAACUGCGUCGCAUACGAGACCUGAACGACCGCAUCCUUUUGGAGGAUGCCAGCCCGAGUCUGCAACAGGCACAACAGGAGAUCAGCCUACUGCCUUCCUACGAGGACGCCCUACGCAUGCCCAAGCUGGAGCGACCCGUCAAGUCGAUGGUGGAUCUCUCGGGACAGAACAGACCGCAGUCACGAAAGCUGCGUCGCUCUCAGACCCAGGCCGACGGCGAUGGCUCCCAGUCCGAGGGCGAGCAGGAACUGCAGCUGGACACGCGCCAGAGAUUCCGUAGCGUGGAGAUGCUCUCCAACCGGGACAAGGAACGGACGGCCCAGUACGGUCCCCGCAGGCGCACCGGCUACAUGGAGUACAACCAAUCGGGCAGUCGCCGCUUCAGCAUCGAGGACUCACGCUUCCCGGCGGCACACCUGAAGACCCAGAACCUGCAGAGCGCUGAGCAGAUUGGCAACUUCCAGAGCUACGAGAACAGCCCGUACACAAAGCGCAGGCCAAAGAUUGCCGAGAUCCCGCCCUUCAAGCGGAUCAACGUGAUGGGCGCCAGCGUGGAGUUCCUCACCGAUCCCGAGUACGACGAUUUGGGCAGCAAGCCGGGCAGUCCCUUUGCCAAGCGAAGGCCCAAGCUGCCCUCGCCACCCACCAUGAAGGUGAGCGCGCAGGUCUACACCAUGGAACCACAGCAAGAACAGAAUCCGGCAACAGCCCAGCUGGACCCGGCGAUCGAGGACUACUUUAGCUCCACCCAGAAGGCCGCCUCCUCGUCCACCAUCGCCAGCGACUUUCAGGAGCUGCUGGCUCCCGAACUGACCUCCCUGCCCGAUGACAAUCGAUCAAAUGUGUCCACCUCGGAUACCGCGCAGGACUUGGAGCGCGGGAAGCGCAAGAAGCGUAAGAACUCGGCCAGCACUAGACGCGUCUCUGGAAGCUUCUCCGCCGCCACGGCUGCCGAGAGUUCCAGUUCCAGUGACUCGGAGCGCAACGUCCAAGUACACAAGCCAAUGCGAGAGACUUUAUUCUAGACCCUAGAGCACCCAUUCCAUUCGUUAGUCAUCCCAGACCUGUUAGCUUAUCCAUAAGACUAUUUAAACGCACCGCGACACAAUUACAUACCAAAACAUACUUAUGUACAUUAA